CGUCACGGGGAUAGGGGUACGUGUAGGUGACGUGGCGGCUCCUGUUCUUUGGUCCGGCUUCCACUGCUUACAAGUCCAGCGAGGAAGGCGGCAACGACCUGGGGAGAGUGGCAGUGGCGGUGGUGGUAGGCAACAGAAGAGGAAAGGCCUUGUUGAGGAAAAACUUUGGCCCUGUCCAAUCAAUGGCUGCAGUCUUCCAACAGGCGGAACUUUGGCGGAGGUGGGACUUCCUGUUUCAAAUAAACACUUAGGUUUUUUUUUUUCCCCCUCCGCCCUCCGAAGUGUGCCCACUUCUGGAGGUCGGUUGCCGUUUUCUAUGAGAGGGUGAAGGAAAUCACGUAUACCAGAGGGCACGAUUAAGACCUGGGCCAACUGCAAAGGUCUGGCUGGAAGUUAAGGGCCGCAGGACCAGGCUGUGGCUGUUUUCUCGACUUUAGGGGCCCCGGCCGGUGCUGUGGCAGUCUGAGCCAAGUUGGAAGGAGAAUCUGAGGAGGCUUCGCUUUGGGCCUGGAGGAAGCUGGCUGACCGUUCUCGCCGUGUCCAGGGUGCAGGAUCUGCGGGUGGCCUUGGGCUCGAAAGUCUGUCAAAUACGGGAAAGAGCCUGAGGAUUUGCUAGUUGAGGGAAGAGUUUGGGGAAAGAGUCUGUCUGGAGAAUGACAUUCUCCUCUCCACAACAGUCCGAGGUUAUGCGACUCGAUGAUCCCGCGGAAACGCUACGGAUCUAAGAACACGGAUCAGGGUGUCUACCUGGGUCUCUCAAAGACACAGGUUCUGUCCCCUGCAACUGCUAUCAGCAGCAGCAGUGACAUCGCUCCUUUGCCCACCCCGGUGGCCCUGGUCCCCUCCCCUCCCGACACCAUGUCCUGCCGGGAUCGGACCCAGGAGUUCCUGUCUGCCUGCAAGUCGCUGCAGAGCCGUCAGAAUGGAAUCCAAACAAGUAAGCCAGCUCUGCAUGCUGCCCGACAGUGCAGUGAAUUUACUCUCAUGGCCAGGCGCAUUGGGAAAGAUCUCAGCAAUACAUUUGCCAAGCUGGAGAAGCUAACAAUCUUGGCAAAGCGCAAGUCUCUCUUUGAUGAUAAAGCAGUAGAAAUUGAGGAGCUAACAUACAUCAUCAAACAGGACAUCAAUAGCCUCAACAAACAAAUUGCUCAGCUUCAAGAUUUUGUGAGGGCCAAGGGCAGCCAGAGUGGCCGGCAUCUGCAGACUCAUUCUAACACGAUUGUAGUUUCCUUGCAGUCAAAACUGGCUUCCAUGUCCAAUGACUUCAAAUCAGUUUUAGAAGUGAGGACUGAAAAUCUGAAACAGCAGAGGAACCGUCGGGAACAGUUCUCCAGGGCACCAGUGUCGGCCCUGCCUCUUGCCCCCAACAACCUUGGAGGUGGUCCCAUAGUUUUGGGAGCAGAGUCCAGAGCCUCCAGGGACGUGGCCAUUGACAUGAUGGACCCUCGAACAAGCCAGCAGCUUCAGCUCAUUGAUGAGCAGGAUUCCUACAUCCAGAGUCGGGCAGACACCAUGCAGAACAUUGAGUCUACAAUUGUUGAGCUGGGCUCCAUUUUUCAGCAGUUGGCACACAUGGUUAAGGAACAGGAGGAGACGAUUCAGAGGAUUGAUGAGAAUGUGCAUGGAGCCCAGCUGGAUGUUGAGGCCGCCCAUUCAGAGAUCCUCAAGUACUUCCAGUCAGUCACCUCCAAUCGGUGGCUCAUGGUCAAAAUCUUCCUCAUCCUCAUUGUCUUCUUCAUCAUCUUUGUGGUCUUCCUUGCCUGAACCCUCCUCCCUCAUUCUGAGCCACUCCAUGGAGGGCUUGGGACCCUACUGGGAGGACAGGUGGCCACUAUUGCCACUGAGCCUGUGCAAGGUGAUUGGGAGAAAGGCCAUUUCCUUGGAACUGCUAAGAAUGGCCAGUGUCCCUGAUUUCCCACCCUUGUCUCUGGCCACUCUGUCCUACCCUCAGGCCUAUGAAACACACUGGUUCUGGAUUUGGACUCUGCUGUGAAGUGGCUGGGAACAGAAGCCAACUAAGGGCCAGUGGGGGAAGUUGUCUCUACCAUGAGAUUUUUAUAAUCCCAUACCAGCCUCCCCCUAAGGUAACUGGCAGCAAGAGAAGAUAAUGCCCUUCCUUGCCUUCUUGAGAGUGAGGCAAGGAAGUAAAACUAUUCCAGGGACCAACUUUAUCAUCUGGGUCAGCUAGAACUUAACUGCCGCCUUCUCCUCACCAUGUGAGGUGAGGGGGCUCUGAGCCCUACAGUUGCCUGCACAAACCUGACCUUGGCUACUGGUGACUCUCAAUCUGCCAAACAUGCUGCAGCCUGUUCCUCCCAAUUACAGCAAGACUGUCAGCCUCA